UUAGGUGGGCCUGGAGGAUAUUAAAGAGACACAGAAGCUGUCUGUCUGAGCUCCUCCUAAUCAUUCCGCAAGGGCGGGGGUGCAGAACUCUGCCGGGGGCUGGAGCCUGCCACCUCGCAUAAGUUGCAGUGGGCAGGGCUGAACUCCGAGACUCCAUGCGCUGCCCUGACCCCCCACCCCCACCCGUCCCCGGAGCCCUGGCCUCCUGAAAAGGCCCCUGAACCCCUCCUUCUCCCUGAACCUCUUUCUUCUUCUGAGCCCUUCUCUUCCUCACCAGCUCCCUCCUCUUCCCUAUUUACAGAUCCUAGCUAGUAAGCCAUAGGGGAGUGCCUUUUUCAUGCCUGCCUAUUUACAUGCAUGAGUGCACUUAAUCCUCGGGAGGAAACUGAGGCUCAGAAAGGGUAGGCAGCUUGCCUGAGGACAGCUAGAGUAGGGGAGGCUGGAUUUGAACCUGGGCAGUCUGUGCCCUGUGGUGGUUGUUAAGAAGCAGUUCCUUAGUGCCCAUUUUAUUUGGAUUAUUUGGGGCUUUUGGGUGGUAACUUGAAUAUGUUCUUUAUAUAUUUCGGAUAUUAACUCCUUUUUGGAUAGAUCAUUUGCAAAUACCUUCUCCCACUAAGAGCCUGCCCACCUAGAGCUGAAAGCCCCAGGGCAGCCACUGAGGAGAGAAGGCUUCAGGGCAGCCCAAGAAAGCAGCAAACUGACCCCAAGGGUACACAGAGGUCAUCCGAGCUGAGUUUUCCUAACCUAAAGGUUACUUUCAACUGGGGUUGAGAGGGGUCUGAAAAAACCCUGACCUAAUAGCCACUUGUAUGGGGUUCCUGUUAUGCACCAAGCACUGUUCAGAGACUAUGCACCAAGACUGUGUUCAGAGCUGUGGGGGAGGCCCAGAUGCCAGUACUGGGAGUUCGAGGAUGGAUGAAAUAAUCCUCACCUGCUGCCCAACCUGCUCCUCAGGAAACAGGUUGGUGUCCAAGGUCACCAGCUAGCAAGUGGUGGGGCUGGGAUUUGAAUCCAAGCAGUCAGGCUGGGAAGUUGAGGGCACGCCAUUCUCCUAGUUACUAUGAUUCUGCCACCCAGAAAUAUGAAGAGACUGUCUGACACACUUCAGCUUCACACUUAGAUGUCGUCAUUACCCUUGGACUCAAUCCUAUGAAAUGCUUUGGGCCCCCACUGGAGCCCUACAGUGAGUCUGAAUCCUGGCCACACCCAUAGAGGUGUCAGAACUGAGUGGCUGUUGGCAUGUGAGAACAAAGGGGUGAGGAGCAUAAAGAAGGCCCCCCUGACCCUCAAGGCGCCCAUGAAGGACAGUGCUACCAGCCUCUGGUCAAUGCUGACUGGGCAUCCAGCUCUGUGCUCCCUCGGGGUUGAGUUUCCCCAUGUGCACAGCAAAGGCUGCACUGCCUGACCUCUUUCAAAUCACAACCCCCCUUUGGCAAUUGAAUGAAAGACACAAGCCCUGGAAAAUGCAUAGGCAUGAAAAAAUUUGCAUACAUUUUUUGCGGGGCUGGGUGGGGGUGUCCAUAAACCCCAGGCGUAAGCUGUUGGAAGGCAGUGUGGGGAACUGUUUAGGUUCCUGGGCUCUGGGAACACAGAGACACAGGUUCAGAUCCUGACUGCCCCCGCAUACUAGUUCUAAGACCCUGUUAUAGAACCCAGAGGGCUUUCACCUCUCUGAGCCUUAUUCUUCUUAAUCAUAAAAUGCGUAAUUAUCACCUCACCAUGCCAUUGUGAGAACCAACUGAGACCCUGCAGGAAAGGCUUUAGCCUGGCCAACACUGUAGGGAGGCAUCAGCAGAUGAGGACUUCCAAUAUUCAAGGAGCUAUUUCUCCAAGGGUGACCCUUGGACCACCUGGAUCAGAAUCCCCUGGGAGAACUCGUUAAAUGCAGAUUACUGGGCUUCUUGCCCAGAAAGUCUGAUUCUGCGGGUCUGGGAUGGAGGCAAGAGUGUACAUUGCAAACCAGUCUCUGCCUCUCAAUUCUGAUUGGAGUUUGUCUAAGAAGCACUAUGGCUUUACAACCUCUACAAUCUAGGUCCUGUAGGCUGGGAAGAACAGAAAACAGGUGCACGGGCGGGGCAAGGGACGCCUCUGGGUCCCCGUCCACUCUGGGGACGGACAUAUCCCAGGCUACCCACCCCCUACCUUCCAAUGGAUCUUGGCGUCUCACCGUGCCUCUGCCCCCUCGGCGCCGCCAGGCUACCACAGGGAGGGGCGAAAGGAUAAGGCUUCCCGGGUGAGGGGGGCAGAAAGGAAAGCGAAACUCGUCUUUCCAGAACUUUCACUUUCGCCGCCUCCGCGCGCCACCCAGGUGGCUUCGCGAUCCACUGUCGCGCUGGGGUCCCGCUCUGCCCGGGACCUGGCCCCUCCGGCGCACGCGGCUCGGAUGGCCGGCGACCCCUGGCGGAGGGAGGAGAGGCAGGUCCCCGACGGCAGGCGACCGAUGGCGGGGGCCGGGGGUCCCCAGCGCCUCCGCGACUGGCUGGUGGCGCAGAUCGAGAGCGGGCGCUAUGCGGGGUUGCGCUGGGAGGACGCAGGCAAGACCCUCUUCCGCAUCCCCUGGAAACACGCGGCCCAGCAAGGCUACCAGGCGCAGCAGGACGCGGCGCUCUUCAGGGAUGAAGGGCCUGGAAAGAAGUUCCUGGUCAUCAACUCCCUCACUCAUAGCUCCCCAUCCUCCCCCCACCUCGUCUGGCUCCCCCCCACCCUUGCUAACGUCACUAGUUGCCAAAUCCAAGGAUGCCAUCACCGUCAUCUUUGAUGCCUGGGUGAGUUUGGGCCUGGUGGACCCUUCUUCCUUGAAACGGUGGCACUUGGUUUCCAGAAUCUGCCCCCAUCAACCCCCUGCUCCAUUUUCCUCCUCCGACCUUGCCACUCCCCUUCCUCAGCAUCCACCCACCCCCUCAUCUUUUGGUGCUCUCAGCGCUGGCUCCAGGACCUCCCUGCUCAUCCCCCUCUCCCCCUCCACACAGCCUUAGCACAAGCCCUACAGUUUCCAGCCUCCCCUCCAAGCCCCGGGUGUGCUGGUCUAAUGGCCCCCAGAACUCUCAAACUCAGCGUAUCCUCAGUACCACACUUGUCAGCUCGCCUCGACAAACUUCGGUGUUUCCCCAAGUGGAAGAUGGCCCCGAUUGUCACCCAGACCCCAGAACCAGGCACCUGACCCUGGCCUUUCCCCUUUCUUCCAAUCUCAUUGCACUCCAUCACCAGGUCUGCUGGAUCUUCCUACAAAAGCUUCUCUGCAAUUGUCUGCUUGGACCCAUUCCCACCGUCUCUCAGCAGGACCAUUGUGGGGUGACCUCACAGAGCUCCCUGCUUCCCCCUGCCUCUCAGCUCUCCCCUCAGCCAUCCAGAGAGAUCUUCCUAAAUGUAAAUCUUGCCUUGACACUCCCCUACUCAGAAUCCUGCCAUAGCUCCCCAUUGCUCUUGUGAUAAAGUCCCAACUCCUUACGGAGGCUUCAAAGCACCGCAUGAACUGCUCCUCCCUGACCUCAUCUCUCCCCACCCCGCCCUCCCCAGCUUUAGGCCUGGCCUGACAGUUCUUUCAGUUUCUAAAUGCUUCAUGUCUCUCUCACUAUUAGACCUUUGCACUUGCUGUUGCUCCUGCCUGGAACACCCUCUCCUCUCCCCCUACUCCCGGCCAACUCCCAUGUGCUCAGCUUAAACAUCCCCUCCAGAACGUUCCCUGAUACAUUCGUCUGUUGAAUGCAUCUAUCCAGCUCAAUGGUUUCCCCCAGCCAUCUCUGAUUCCUUCUGCUUCCUCCACUGGAGGAACUUUCCCUGUGCAUCAUAAGUGCCUUGUAUGAGUCUGUCUUCUCUAGCAGACUGCCUCCAGCUACUCAAGGGGAAUGACACUGAGUGCAGUGACUGGCCCACAGAGCUGUUGAACAGGUGGUUACAUGGGCUGUUGAGAGAAGGGAGAUUCUUUUUUUUUUUAAUUUUUAAGUUUAUUUAUUCAUUUUCAGAGAGACAGAGAGAGAGAGAGCGGGGGGAGGGGCAGAGAGAGAGAGAGAGAAAUCCCAAGCAGGCUCCGCUGAUGCAUGUGUGGCUCGAACCCAUGAAACGCAAGAUCGUGACCUGAGCCGAAACCAAGAGUUGGUCGCUCAACCAACUGAGCCACCCAGGGGCCCCGGAGAGGAGAGAGAUUCUGAGGGCUGCCCUCCCCUUCCCUCAAUCCACCGCUGACCCACACAAGGGAUCCCCUGGCUUCACACCUUCCUGUGUCCCUAAGCGCAGGGGAUAAAGUUUGGCCUUUGAGAAUCUCCGUGCUCCAGCUUCAAUCUGUCUCUUCUUUCUUAGUUCCUCUUCCCCUUUCCCCACCACGGGCCCGUUGAUCCUCAUUAGUCAUGGAUUCAGCAUUUGCCAGUUGGCUUAUUCGUUAACAUGUAUUGGCAAGGCCAAAAUCAAUACUCAAGGCACUUCUGUGGCCCACAGGCAUGUGCAGAAUGGUGAAACAUUUGAGCCCCCAGACACGCACGUUCCCAGCCGAGGCCGAACAAGGUCGCUCCAGGUGUGGGGGGUCACAACAGCGAACACAACAAAGGCCCCUCUUUCAUCGUGGUGAUAGCACUCUGUGCCCUGUGCCCAGGCCAACUUUCAGUUAUGUCCUUAAUAGAAUGAAAAACAAAACUGCAAUAAAUAAGCACGGACUGUGUGCCAGGCACCGUGCAAAGCACCUUACGUAGACCACUCAUUCUAUACCCCUCACAACCACACGAGGUUAGGUAUUCUGGGCACCGUUUGCCGACAACAAAAUCAAGCCUGAAAGCUCUCCCCACGGGCAAGUGGCACCAACACACGCGCUGGCUUUUCUGUUUGGUGUCCGUUUCCCCACCAGGCCUGGAACCUCUGGGGGUAACGAGUGAACGGGAUUCAUCAGUUAAAACCCCCCAGCCCUGAAUGUGACCAGGGCAAGUAAUACAUCUCCCACUGCCCUCCCCUGUGGCUCUUCUGCUCCAGCCACACCGGCCUUGCUUGCAUCUGUCAGCCUCUUCCCACCUCAGGACCUUUGCACUUGCUGUUCUUCUACCCAGACCACCCUCCCCCCAGUUCUUUGUCGGACUCCAUCCUUUGCACUCAGGCUUCAGCUCAAAUGCUACUUCCUUCUGGAGGCAUUUCUGACAACCCUUCUAAAGUAACCCCUUAUAUAUUUAUUUAUUUAUUUAUUUAAUGCCUCCACCACAAGAGUCACUCACUCUAAUGUGUAUAAUGAAUAUCUUUGGUCUGCACGGUUUCUUGCAGAGUGGGCAUUGCUGUUUUGUAUGUGUUCUUACCAUAUACACUUCAUGUGGUCUAUAGAUCUCAUUCUGUGCCUUACUCUUUUUUUUUUUUUUUUUUUUGCUCCGGAUCAUGUGCUGAAGACUUAUUCUUGUUCCCUGUGCAUCUAAUUUAUUGCUCCUAGAUUCUUCUAGAUGCUGCACAGACUCCCUGUUGGGUACCAUGACACACACCCCCAGCCCGCUUUCCCAAGGGUGGAUAUGAGUUUGCUUUCCAGGACCAGAGUCAACGCUGUCGUGAAUAUCCUUGCCCGGGUCUCCUCAUGAGCCUCUGUGAGCAUUCCUUUGGAAUCAGAAAUUCUGCUCACAGGGUAUAUUUAGACUUCAUUUGACUAGGCAUGCCUGAUUACCAUCCAGAAGUUCUGCACUAUCCCAGGCCCACCACCUUCUGUAUCCCCACCACCUUCUGGCAUUAUCCAACUCACUAAAUUUUGUCGGCUUGUGGGUGAUAGCUCACAUUUCUAUUUGCAUCUCUGUGACACUAAUGAGUUUAAGUACAUUCUCAUAUGCUCACGGGCUUCUGGUUUCCUCCUCCCUAAACCACCCGGGCUUGCCCUUUGAUAAGAACUUUUUCUUUAGGGGAUGCUCUCUGUUUCCUGUUGGUUUGCAAAGUUCCUUGUAUAUUCUAAAAUUAGCCCCUUGCCGGUUUCAGACAUUGUAAAUGUUUUGCCUUCUGGUCCCCGCCUUUGAAAUUGUUGAGGAUGCUAUUCUCUGCCCCUACAAGAGUUUCUCCCACAUUAUCUUCCACGAGCUCCCAGUUUCUCCUCUAACCUUUGGUUUUCUAACCAUCUGGCGUCCACUCUGUAUGUCGCAAGAGGUAAGGAUUUAGUUUUCUGGUUUUCCAGGUAGCACAUCACUGCCAUUAUGUUGUAUCCCAUCAUCCUAUUUUUAAAAAUUGAUCAUAAUCCAUCACUUGAAAUAUAAUGAUUCCUGCUUGGCUGUCUGAAGCUGUUUUCUCUCAUUAGACUUGAGUUCCUGGAGAGCAGGGACCACGUCAGUCUGGUUCCCCAUUUGGUCUCCAGCUCCUGGCUCAGGCCUGGCGCACAGUAGGAGCUCGAGGAAUAUGUGUUGGAGGGAGGGGGGGAAGAACAGUGAAAAGGAUGAAGGGGCAGAGAGACAGAGGCUUGGAGGGAGAGAGAGAAGGGUGAGAGGCACGGUACACCCUCAUUCAUCCGCACGGCAGCAGCCCCCUCUUCCAGGCUACUCCUCCCCACGUGCCCCUGCUCGUUCCCAGGCCUGGGCCAUACACAAGGGCAGGCACCUAGAGGGCAUUGACAAGGAGGACCCCCCCACAUGGAAGACCCGGCUCCGCUGUGCCCUCAACAAGAGUGCUGACUUCUGUGAGGUGCGUGAGCGCAGCCAGCUGGACAUCUCCGACCCCUACAAGGUCUACCGGAUUGUGUCCGGCAGUGCCCAUGGCCCAGUGGCCAGGACGUGCGCCCCGCCUGGGAAGAAGAACAUCCUCCGGAGCCGGCAGGAGCCCCCUGGAGAUGUGACGGAGCUGGUGGCCCACGGGACAGACCAGGCCAGUUGUCCUGCCAGCCCCUGCAGCCUUGCCAGCUCAGUCACCUCUGCCCUCGGUGCUCUCUGGCACUGUCGUCUGUCCUGUCCUCUUCUCCAGCUGCUGCCUCGUCACCAUCCCUGUCUCUCCUGCCAGCUCGACCUCUUCUUACCUCUGCUCCACCUCUACUUCCACCCUCAGCCCCACCGGCCCCUUCCCUUCGCCUCCAACGGCUGCGGCUCCACCGCCAGCUGCAUCCGCCCUGUUUCCUCCAAAUUCAUCCCUUGCCCCUGUCAUCACUCUCGCCUCUGUCCCCAUCUCCAUCACCUCUGUCCCCACCUCUGUCACCUCUGUCCCCUCAUCUCUGCCACCUGUCUCCAUGCCUAUCACCUCUGUCUCCAUGUCUGUCACUUCUGUCCCCAUCUCCAUCAUGUCUGUCCCCACCUCUGUCACCUCUGUCCCCUCAUCUCUGCCACCUCUAUCCCCAUGUCUGUCACCUCUGUCCUCAUCUUUAUCACUUCUCUUCCCAUCUCUAUCACCUCUGUCCCCACCUCUGUCACCUCUGUCCCCUCAUCUCUGCCACCUCUGUCCCCAUGUCUAUCACCUCUGUUUCCAUCUCUAUCACCUCUGUCCCCAUCUCUAUCGCUUCUGUCCCCAUCUCUAUCAUGUCUGUCCCCAUCUCUGUCACCUCUGUCCCCUCAUCUCUGCCACCUGUCUCCAUGUCUGUCACUUCUGUCCCCAUCUCCAUCAUGUCUGUCCCCACCUCUGUCACCUCUGUCCCCUCAUCUCUGCCACCUCUGUCCCAUGUCUAUCACCUCUGUCUCCAUCUCUGUCACCUCUGUCCCCAUCUCUAUCGCCUAUCCCCAUCUCUAUCCCUUCUGUACCCAUCUCUGCCACCUCUGUCCCCAUCUCUAUCACGUCUGUCCCCUACCUGCUCACUCUGUCCUCACAUGUCUCUCCCUAGCACGGUGAGCUUCACCUCUGACCCCAUAACCUCCAUCGACUCUCUUUACUUCUAUGAGGGAAAGGGUCUUGAGCUCUGAAACCUCAAAGUCUCUAUCAACCCCACUGGCCUCAGUCUGCCCAGACUUCCCUCUGCCCCAGUGAGCACAGUCUGGGAACUCCGGUGACCCACAGUCUCCUCUCCCAC